GCCUGGGCUCAGACAACAGUAUCGCGGGGCUGGCACGCGGAUUGGCUAGCCAAGGACCAAUCAAGGACAGUAUCUCUUCUCCUGUGGCAGUUUUCAAAAUUGGUUCCCUAGCGUCCUGUGGUGCUCGGCAUACUGCGGGUUUCUAGCCGAGUUAAGGAGGGACGACUAUCCAGGCUGGUGGUGAAUAUCGCAGCGCAGGGGAGCCGGAGCCUUGGGCAGUGCUGUGGGGGAACAACUGCUGAAAUUGUGGAAGAUGCCAAUGCCUCGGAACUCCAGACCUUCCCGUGGCAAGGGAUCCCGAUCCACCAAAAUUCAGUCCAUGGAGAAUACUAGAAGUGAUGCAGUUAAAGCCAUGGAAAGCCAAGAAGGGAAUAAGGAGGAAAAUAGCCAGGCCAAGAAAUCGCCAUCUUCACCACAGGGAGUAGCCAAAAAGCGACCAGCUUUUGGAGAUCUCACCAAUGCUCACCAGAAUCAUCCCAAACAGUCCAAGAAGGUGGCAGUCAAGGAUACUGCUAAGAAGGUACUUAGAAAUGCAGUGGCUCAUGAUGUCUGCAAAAACUCAAAAAAGUAUGGUCCCAAAUCCCUUCCAGAGGAAGAAGCCUCUGUCAGCUCUGAACCCAUUGUCAAAGAAGAGGCCAUCCUUGUUGAGGAGGAAGAACCCAGUGUUGAGGGGUCCUCAGCUGAAGAAGAACCAGGACCAAGCAAGCAGAUGCCUACGAAUGAAACUAGAAAAGUUGAAGACGACCCAUACGCAAACAAUGAAUAUGCCAAGGAAAUCUUCACGUACAUGAGAAAGAGAGAGGAGUUCUUCCCAAUCUCAAACUACAUGGUCAAGCAGCAUGAUAUCAGCAAAGAGAUGCGAGCCAUUUUGGUGGAUUGGAUGGUGGAGGUGCAGGAGAACUUUGAGCUGACCCAUGAGACCCUGUACUUGGCAGUGAAGUUGGUGGAUCACUACUUGAUGCAAGUGGUAUGCUUGAGGGACAAGUUACAACUAAUUGGAUCCACUGCUAUCCUAAUUGCAGCAAAAUUUGAGGAACGCUGCCCACCCUGCAUAGAUGAUUUCCUAUAUAUUUGUGAUGAUGCUUAUCAGCGAGAGGAGAUUCUCCGCAUGGAAAUAAAUAUUCUCCACACACUCAAGUUUGAUAUUAAUAUUCCUAUUGCUUAUCGUUUCCUGCGCAGAUUUGCCAAGUGUGCUCAUGUCGACAUGGAGGUCCUGACUUUGUCCAGGUUCAUCUGUGAGUUGACUCUGCAAGAGUAUGACUUUGUGCAGGAGAGGGCCUCAAAGUUGGCUGCUAGCUCUUUCUUCUUGGCCCUCAAGAUGAAGAAUCUUGGAAACUGGACUCCCCCAUUAGAAUGUUACAGUGGAUACCAGAGCACAGAUCUCUUCUCCUUGGUCAAGAGACUCAAUUUCCUGUUGACUUACCAGCCCCAAGACAAACUCAAGGCUGUGCGGACCAAAUACUCUCACAAAAUAUUCUUUGAAGUUGCUAAAACUCCUACUUUGGAUAUGCUGGAGCUGGAGGAGAUUCUGAAGAACUCUGUCUGAAAAACAAAGCAAGGACUCAUGGGGAGGCCAAGUCUAGCCUUGUAAAUAGAUUGUAAAUAUUUUGUCUUGUCUUUGCCUUCUUGUCAGUGUAUCUGUCCCUUUCUUUUCUGUCCAAACUCGUUAUUUUAAGGAAAACAAAAACCCCCAAAACUUUUAAAGAAGAAAUAGUUGCGAUGUUUUGAUUAGAAACUAAAUAAAAUUUUAUUAAGUGCCUUCCCUCUUAUUCUCCAGGGGCCGAUGAGGUGUCAGAGGGUAGAAAAAGGCAGCCUCCUACCCUCCUUGGGGGGAAUAUGCCAAGGGCUGCUGGCAUAAGG